UGGACUCUUUUAAUCUCUCGCUUUCUCCUUUCUCCUCUUUGGGCGUUUCCUGUUUCUUUUUCAUCUUUUUUUGGGGGGUUUUUUUGUUUGGUUUUUUUGCUUUUUGUUUUUUUUUCUGAUCGGUGGAUUUACAAAAGGGCGUGUUUGUCAGGUCUGGAUCGGGAGUUUCAUCUCCUGUAAUCUGAGGAAUGACAGCAACCGGAACGGGACUGACUGGAAACCAUGGAUUAUAAGGAACUGGGACAUCACCUGGAGGAGAAGCUGACGCUGACAGACAAGACGCUGCCGCUGCAGACGGACCCUCAGUCCAUCCACAAUGGGGACAAAUCGGCCGGGAAGGAGCUCCUGAGUCCGGACGACUCGGCCGUCUCGGACCUCUCCCCCAAAACAGACUCCAGCCCGCAGACGGAGACGCCCAGCAAGACGGAGGCGUCCUCCAAGACGGACGUCCGGCCGUCCACUCCCGGAUCCAGCAGCAGCCCGCAGCCCAAGAAAGACUCGAUGAGCUCGGAGCAGCGACAGAAGCUGGCGAAGGAGCGGCGGGAGGAGAGAGCCAGAUACAUCGAACAGCAAACUCAGCUGCAAGCGGCGAAGAAGGCCCAGUGGCUGGAGAAGGAGGAGAAGGCCCGGCGCCUGCGGGAGAGCCAGCUGGAGGACCGCCGGAGGAAGCUGGAGGAGCAGCGGCUGAAGGCCGAGAAGCGCCGGGCGCUGCUGGAGGAGAAGCAGAGGCAGAAACUGGAGAAGAACAAGGAGAGAUACGAGGCAGCUAUCAAGAGGUCGACGAAGAAGACGUGGGCCGAGAUCCGCCAGCAGAGGUGGUCCUGGGCGGGGGGGCUCAACCAGACCUCCCGCAGAGAAAGCAGAUGCUCGGCCUCCACGGUCAACUUGCCGGGACAGGUGGACCCUGUCAUUAACAACCGGCUGUCCAAGUCCUCUGCCACGCUCUGGAACUCCCCCAACAGAACCCGCAGCCUGCGCCUCAGCCCCUGGGAGAGCCGGAUCGUGGAGCGCCUCAUGACGCCGACGCUGUCCUUCCUGGCUCGCAGCCGCAGCGCCGCCACGCUGCUCAAUAACAGCGACUCCCACUCUCACCACUGCUCCCGCUCAGUGUCCGCCAGCCCGCUGAACGCCUCCUGCUCCCACCACCACCACAACGCCGCCGAGCGCUGGAGGGUGUCCUCCGCCAGCACGCCGGACAUCACGCAGCGCCAGCGCCGGCGGAACUCCACGCCGGUGGACAAAAAGAAGAAAGAGAAGAAGGACAAGGAGAGAGAGAAUGAGAAAGAGAAGAACGCCCUCACGAAAGAGAGAGUGCAGAAGAAGAGACAGACGGCGUCGCCCACCGCCACCGUGCAGAGAUCCAGACCAGAAUCCAGCACCCCGAAGCCCAGGAACAGACCGCCGUCGCCGGCCGCCCCGAAGAGCCGCCCCCUGUCGCCGCUGGUUCCCGCCGUCGCCUCCAAGACGCCGGCGGGCAAGAAGACGCCCCCUCCGGCUUCUGGCUCCGCCCCCAAGACCCGGCCCAAACGGGCCCAGACCCCCGCCAGGGUGCAGCCCCAGGCCGUCGCCACGGUUACCGUGGAGACGGCCGGCGACUCCCAGCAGCCCGAGGGUCUCGAGGAGAAAAAGAGUGAGCGUGUUGCUGCUUCCUCCACCCUUCCUGCCAUCGUGGUGUCCUCGGCCCCGGUGACUCCGCCCUCUCUCAGCCCUCCGGUCGUAUCAGCAGCUUCUCCUCCUGCACCCAGCGUCGCUCCGGCCACUCCUCCUGCGGCGGCCUCCGGCGCUAAUCCGGCUCCUUCUGCCGCUCCCGCCGCCGCCGCCGCCGCCACCUCCCCCGCCCCAGCCGCCUCCGCCCCAGCCGCACCCGCCAGCAAGCCGUCGGCCGGCACCAACGACCCGGAGGAGGCGGCUCGCGCCCUGGCCGAGAAGCGGAGACAAGCCCGAGAGCAGCGAGAGAGGGAGGAGCAGGAGCGCCAGGAGCAGGAGCACAGGAACAGGCUCCUGAGGGAGGAGGCCAUGGCCCGGGAGGCCGAGGAGAGGAAGCGCAGGGAGGAGGAGGCUCGCUUCAUGGCCGAGCAGCAGCGUCUGCGGGACGAAGCCCAGCGAGCUCAGGAGGAGAAGGAGGCGCAGGAGAGAGCCAAGGCCGAGCAGGAGGAGAACGACAAGCUGCAGAAGCAGAAGGAAGAGGCCGAAGCCAAAGCCCGGGAGGAGUCGGAGCGUCAGCGCGUCGAGAGGGAGAAACACUUCCAGAAGGAGGAGCAGGAGCGGCUGGAGAGGAAGCGGCGUCUGGAGGAGAUCAUGAAGAGAACCCGCAAGAGCGACGCAGGAGAAAAGAAGGAAGUCAAAGCCUCCUCACAGGUCAACGGGAAGGAGGCGGAGCUCAGACAGGCUCCUGGAGGUCUUCAGGGUCCCGGCGCCCCGAUCCCGGCGCAGACCGCCUCCGGUCCCGUCAUCCCCAACGGCGUCCCGGCCGCCGCGCACCACAACGGCGUCUCGGCCAACGGUGAGUCUGGAGACUUGGAGGAGCUCCUCCAGCUGAGCGGCGGCGGCAGCGGCGGCGGCGGGCAGCAGCAGAGCGGCAUGGUGGGCGAGCCCAUCCUGGCCUUCGAGGGCGGAGAGCCCUUCCUGAGGAAAAGCGGCCCCAUGAAGCCUCAGCAUGUCGCAGAGGUCCUGUGAGUCGCCACACAUCCAUGGAGAUGCGCCUUAUGCCUCCGCUUGAGCUAUGAGAUUCAUGUCACACCACAGCGGCUUAUCUUCAAACAGUGUGCCAAACUGAAGCAGUGUUUCCACCGCGCCAAACUACAGACUCAUCAGAGGAGGAGGAGGAGGAGGAGGAGGAGGAGGAAGAGCAGAAACUGCCUGGAAAAUCAUUGAAAACGUCACAAAAAAGAAAAAAAAAACAAACAAAACCAAAACAAAAAAAGCAAGUAUUCUUCGUCUUCACCGCGUGUCCUGGUGCAGCAUUUGUGGAGUUUCAUUGAAAUGUCACAUGCAGAUUUUAUGGUGCACCUUAAAGAUGACUGACUAUGUUACAAAUUUUAGAAAAUACAGUAUAAGACUCCUGGAAAUGCAUAAUAUUUGACAAUGGUUGUUAUUAUUACCGUCGCUAUGAUGUUGUUACUGUUAUCUUAAGUUGGAAAGUGUGUGUGUGUGUGAGAGAGAGUGAGUGUGUGUGUAUGAGGUUUUUUUUUUGGUCUUGAAUUACUGAGUUAUUUAACGGGGGAGCUCGGGGUCGACUGGCCUCAGACAGUGUAUGUAAAUGUAAAACGAGCCCGGCUGCCUCGGCCUCCUGCUGCAGGAGAUCUGUGAAAUAAAGCUUUAUGAAAGGGAA